UUCUUUGCCGCAUCUACUGCGAGAAUGAAGACCAUUCUCAGCAACCAGACCGUCGACAUUCCGGAGAAUGUCGACAUCUCUCUGAAGGGCCGUACGGUCAUCAUGAAGGGCCUCAGAGGCACCCUGCGGAGGGACUUCAACCACAUCAAUGUGGAGCUCAGUCUCCUCGGCAAGAAAAAGAAGCGGCUCCGAGUUGACAAAUGGUGGGGAAAUAGAAAGGAACUGGCUACUGUCCGCACUAUCUGCAGCCAUGUACAGAACAUGAUCAAGGGUGUUACACUGGGCUUCCGAUACAAAAUGAGGUGUCCAACCACACAAGCAGCAAAAUAAUGGAUGAUGUGUGAUCUCUUAAAAGAUGCAAUAAAAGCCAUUACUGGUUUGGAACUUUUCCUCAAAAAAAAAAAAAAAAAGAAAACAUCAGUGAAAUAGAAAUGUUUCUGACAGAUUUGUCCAAAAACUAAUUUAAAAUGAUUUAAAAAGGAAAAUAGUGCAAAUAAAAACAUUAAAAAUGAUAAUUCACAAUGAUAAAAACAAUACAUUUUAGUGACAUUGAAAAAUUUAACAUCAGGAGUGGGUUUUUCUAGUAAUAUACAACCUAGCCAAAAGUAAACAAAGAAAAAAAUUGUAGGGCAUCAAGUCAGCCCC